CAGCUAUAACUAUGCACCAAACAUGGAUAAGCACUGGAUCAUGCAGUACACGGGGCCCAUGCUGCCUAUCCACAUGGAGUUUACAAAUGUCUUGCAGCGCAAAAGACUUCAGACCCUGAUGUCAGUUGAUGACUCUAUGGAAAUAUUAUACCAAAUGCUUACAGAGAUGGGAGAACUGGAGAAUACCUACAUUAUUUACACUGCUGACCAUGGUUACCAUAUCGGGCAGUUCGGACUGGUCAAGGGGAAGUCAAUGCCGUAUGACUUUGAUAUUCGAGUUCCUUUCUUUAUUCGUGGUCCAAGUGUAGAGCCGGGAUCAGUAGUGCCUCAGAUAGUUCUCAAUAUUGAUCUCGCUCCAACAAUUCUGGACAUAGCAGGACUUGACACACCUCCAGAUAUGGAUGGCAAAUCUGUCCUAAAGCUUCUGGACUUGGAGAGGCCAGGAAACAGGUUUCGAACAAACAAGAAGACCAAAAUUUGGCGUGACACAUUUCUGGUGGAAAGAGGCAAAUUUCUACGCAAAAAGGAGGAACCCAACAAAAACACUCAGCAGUCUAAUCAACUACCAAAAUAUGAGAGAGUAAAAGAAUUAUGCCAACAAGCAAGAUACCAGACAGCCUGUGAACAACCAGGACAGAAGUGGCAGUGCACGGAGGAUGCUUCCGGCAAACUUCGAAUUCACAAGUGUAAAGUAUCUAGCGACAUACUUGCCAUCAGAAAAAGGACCCGCAGCAUACACUCCCGGGGAUACAGCGGUAAAGACAAAGACUGCAACUGUGGAGACACUGAUUACCGAAACAGCAGGACCCAAAGAAAAAAUCAAAGACAGUUCCUGAGAAACCCUAAUGCGCAAAAAUACAAACCCCGAUUUGUUCACACUCGCCAAACCCGGUCCUUGUCUGUGGAAUUUGAAGGUGAAAUAUAUGACAUAAAUCUGGAAGAGGAGGAACUGCAGGUGUUAAAGACCAAAAGUAUCACCAAGCGUCACAAUGCUGAAAAUGAAAAAGAAGCAGAGGAAACCGAUGGUGCUCUUGGUGACGCAAUGAUCGCUGAUGGCACUGAUGCUAUAGGUCAACCCAACUCCGUCAGAGUGACGCACAAAUGUUUUAUUCUUCCAAAUGACACUAUUCACUGUGAGAGGGAGCUGUACCAAUCCGCCAGAGCCUGGAAGGACCACAAGGCUUACAUUGAUAAGGAGAUCGAAGCUCUCCAAGACAAAAUUAAGAAUUUGAGAGAAGUUAGAGGACAUCUAAAAAGAAGAAAACCAGAUGAAUGUGACUGUAGUAAACAGAGCUAUUACAACAAAGAGAAAGGGGUAAAGGCCCAAGAGAAACUUAAGAGCCAUCUUCAUCCCUUCAAAGAAGCAGCACAGGAAGUGGAUGGCAAACUGCAGCUCUUCAAAGAGAACCGGAGAAGGAAGAAGGAAAGGAAGGGGAAAAAGCGCCAGAAGAAAGGAGACGAGUGUAGCCUUCCUGGACUGACAUGUUUUACCCACGACAACAACCAUUGGCAAACAGCACCAUUCUGGAACUUGGGCUCUUUCUGUGCUUGCACAAGCUCGAAUAACAACACUUACUGGUGUUUGCGAACAGUCAAUGACACCCACAAUUUUCUAUUUUGUGAGUUUGCGACUGGCUUCUUGGAAUAUUUUGAUAUGAACACUGAUCCCUAUCAGCUGACGAAUACAGUACAUACAGUGGAAAGAGGCAUUUUGAAUCAAUUACACAUACAGCUAAUGGAACUGCGAAGCUGUCAAGGCUAUAAGCAGUGCAAUCCGAGGCCAAAGGGACUUGAAACAGGAAAUAAAGAUGGAGGAAGCUAUGAUCCACACAGAGGACAGUUAUGGGAUGGAUGGGAAGGCUAACCUGCCCAAUUUCACUGGCGACAUCGACUGGCAAGGACUGGAAGACUUGUACAGUGUGAAUGAAAGUGUAUAUGAAUACAGAUACAACUAUAGACUUAGUCUGGCUGACUGGACUAAUUACUUGAAGGAUGUAGAUAGAAUGUUUGCACUGCUGAACAGUUACUACCAGCAAAAUAAAACAGACAAGGCUAACACUGCUCGAAGCAAUGGGGAAGGGGACGAAUCAUCCACGCCGUUUACCUUGGUGGAAAUGACUUCUGCUGAAGAAUCAAGCGGCCUGCCUGCAGAAGAGUUGCAGCUUAUUGUGCCAACGGACUUUGCAGCCCUCGCUUUGAGCACGGUGAAUUUAAGUCAGGAGAAGAAACUUGAAUUAAACAAUGAUAUUCCUGAGAAAAGUAGUUUGAAUGACGCACACUGGAGAAAUAAUCAUCAAGCUGAAAAAUGGAUGGAGGAUAAAGAAUCAGACCGUUUUGAUAUGGAUUUCAGUGGAAACGGUUUGAUAGAGUUGGAGGCCCGGCAUAGCUUCAUGCUAAAACCCAUCAGCAUUCCUCAAAAGGACACUCAACAGGAUAGUGACGCUGUGGAAGAUAUAUUUGAAGACCAAAUAUAUCUUCCCAUGAGAUCUGAUGAACCCCUCGUUCAUCAGGCUGUAAACGUAUCCAUUAAGGAUUCAGCUAUCGGUACCCAGAAAACAGGAACUUUCUUAAAAAAAACAGAGCAGAGUCUUGCAGGGGAAACUUCACAAAUCCUAAAUGUAGAAGGCAGUGCCUCAGCUCCACUCUCCUUGGAUUAGAUCAAGUUGUAAACCAUUAAAUAAGUUCUCCUUUUUCUUAUUAGCAAACUAAUAAAGGUAAUCAUGACAACUGACAUUUCAUGUUUAUUGUAGAUACGUUUUGCAGCUAAAUUGAGCCCAGUUCAGUAUUUGUCUGUGUGCAUUUGUUUUAUUCACACGCACAAAUUUUUACAGUAAUUCUCCCCACUGGGAAGCAAGAUUUCCAGUUUUUGAUGGAAAGAAUCAGUGUUAACUUUCAAAUGCAGUAGCACAUUCUCCGGAAGCUAAACGUUUUUUCUUUAAAGAGGGUGUUCAAGUUACUUUCUCUAUUUCCAAAUGAUCCCACCAUGAAUGAAUGUUUCAGUCCACCCAAUCUGUCUGCAUUAUGUCUUUUUCAUAAGUUAUUUUAACCACUGGAAAUUCCUAAUGUCACGCCUUUGAGUAAAAUGCACUUUUAAAAUCUGUAUGCCAUACCAUUUAUGAAUCUAAUACCUUACAUGUUCUUAGUUUGUCUCAUGUAAUUGUGAAACCAAUAAAUAGAUUGACAGGAAAGAGGUAAUCAGCAUGGAUUGUGGAAACAGACUCUGAAUAUUAUUUUAGCAAAAAUAUUGCAUGUUUUUGUUAUUUUAAGUAAAUUUACUCUCAGAAAGGUAUGGCUAAUGAUUGUUAACUGUAGGAGGAUUUGUUUAAAUUGGAUUGUUUCCCUAUAUGUUGAUAUUGUCAGUAUUAAAAAUCCAUGAGGUUUUUUGACUUUUUUUUUCCUGAUACUGGUAGAAAGGUUUACAUCAAUACAUAUAUGCUUUUGUCACCACAUCUGAUUUUUAUUAUCCCAAACAAUAUCUUGAAAACAUUAUUAGAAUUUUGAGAUUGAAAUUCUUUUUGUUUUGUUUUGAACAAACAUUAAAGGGAAUGAUAAAAUCAUGUUAGAUUUACAUUAUUCUAGAUACAAAUGGCAGAUGAGGUAAAAAAUAGUAGUUUAGAUAAUUUUUGUUGUUGUAUUCUAAAUUUUUUCUUGAACUUUACCAAACAUUAAAUUUUAUAAAGUAUAAUGCAAAAAUGACUUUAAAAAUCUGUAUUACUCGAAACUUAAUAUCUUCCCUUGCUUUUUAUAAAUUUCUAAAUGAUUAGCACAACAACAACAAAAGGGAAUUACCUCAAACAGAUGUAAUUCCGUAGUGUCCAAUUCACGGGUGUGUUUCCUAUCUGUUACAUGUUAUUUAGUGUAGUGAGUAUUUUUUGGCUAUUGCAAGCACUGCAGGUUAAACUUACAUUCAUUGCAUUUUAUUUUAAGUUGAAACUUUUUACAAAGGAGAUUCUUUUAGUAGGAUUUUAAUAAUUUUAAGAAACAGUCUUUUUGAUGGACUCUGUACAUAUGUUAAAAUUACUAGCUCUUUAUCUGAUGUAUGUGUCAUGGGCUGAUUGAUAGAAAAACGUAUUUAUGGUCAUGAAUGAUGCUAUUUGUACAUAGGUUUUAAGUUACUAGGAUACAGACUGUGUUUUUAAAUCUUGUAUAAUAUUUCUGUGAUACUUUUAUAGAACAAUUCUGGCUUCGGGAAAGUCUAGAAGCAAUAUUUCUUGAAAUAAAAAGUGUUUUACUUUACCUGC